CCCUGGGCGAGCUCCAGUGGCCGGAGUCCGCCGACACUGCUCGCCGCCGGAGCCCUGCCCGAGCGGGACAGCCGCACCCGGCAGGGUUUCAGAAUGACUGACACUUCUGAAGUCAUUUCCAAUUUUGAAGAAAUGUUUGCCAGUAGAUUCACAGAAGGUGACAAAGAGUACCAGGAGUACCUGAAACUCCCUCCUGCAGCCCCACCGAUCGUGGAGGAGUGGAACAGCAAAGCUGCAGGAAGCCAAAGGAACCGAGGCAACUGGUUGCAAGAUAACCGACAGUUUAGAGGCAGGGAUAACAGACGAGGAUGGCCAAGUGACAACCGAUCCAAUCAGUGGCGUGGACAGCAGCACAGACCUUACUACGGCCAUCAGUAUGGACAAUAUGGUUACAACCAGCGGCCUCCUUAUGGCCACUACUGACAGAGAUGUCGGCAGCUUUUAAUAAAACCGUGCUCCUUGUUAACAUGGCCAAAGUUUGUGAAUCUUCUGUUUGGUUUUAGGGAGUGGAUAGUUUACUAUUUGAGCCUUUGUUUUUAUUAUUUUAACUAGAGAUGCGUGAUGGUAGCUUGGAACAAAUUAGUUCCCUAAAAAUAAAGUGGUGGUUUAUAUUGUUUGACUUUUAUCUCAGUCAUCUGUAUUUUAUAAUUUAAUAGUGCUUUUUUAAUUUGGUGUAUUCCCCAUGUUUGACCUUUAGGAGUUCUGUGUUGUUUUACAUAAAUAAAAUUUAAGAAAUG